CACUUCCGGCCUUUCCUUCAAGUCGCCCUUUGCUCUUUCCUCUCGUCCUCAGUGACGGCGACGGUCAUCCAAGAUGAUGACCCCCAUGCGAUACGUGGUGCUUGUUCUAACCAUCAUUAUCAGCUUGCACUUCAUCUUAUCCUUCUCUCAUGAAUCCUAUGGAAAUGCAACUUCUAUCUCUCGCAUCUUCGACGAUGUCCCUCAAGGCCAGUCGCAGCGCGUCCCAGAGGAGUAUUAUUGGCACGACAAUACUACGGCUAUUCAAGGCCGUCGCGCCAAUGCAGCCAUUGUCAUGCUUGCGCGUAACAGCGACCUCAAGGGCAUCAUCAAGAGCAUGAAGCAGAUGGAGGACCGCUUCAACAAGAAGUUCAAGUACCCAUAUGUUUUCCUCAAUGAAGAGCCCUUCAACGACAAGUUCAAAGAGAGCAUCACUGAGUUGACGGAUGCGAAAGUAGAGUUCGGUCUCAUUCCUCAUGACCACUGGUUCCAGCCCGACUCGAUUGACGAAGAGAAGGCUACUGCUGCGCGCAAUAAAAUGGCCGCUGACAAUGUAAUCUAUGGAGGCAGCCUCCCAUACCGGAAUAUGUGUCGGUUUAACUCCGGGUUCUUCUACAGACAUGAGCUCCUCGCCAAGUACAAGUACUACUGGAGAGUGGAGCCAGACGUCACUUUCUUCUGUGACCUCGACUACGACCCUUUUCUGUACAUGCAAGACCAUGAAAAGGUUUAUGGAUUCACUAUCGCCCUCCCCGAGUACCCUGCGACCAUCGAAACACUCUGGGAUACGGUUCGCGACUUUAUGAAGGAGAACCCAGAGCUCAUCCCGAGUGACAACGGCAUGGGCUUCCUCUCAGAUGACGGCGGUCUUACCUACAAUCGGUGUCACUUUUGGUCGAACUUUGAGAUCGGUGACCUUGACUUCUGGCGAGGCGAGGCUUACGGCAAGUUCUUCGAACACCUCGACCGCGCCGGCGGGUUCUACUAUGAACGUUGGGGUGAUGCGCCCGUGCACUCCAUUGGCGCGGCGCUCCUCGCGCCCAAGGACAAGUUGCACUUCUUCCAUGACAUUGGCUACCGCCACGAACCUUUCCAGCGCUGCCCACAGAGCGAUGACCACAAACGGGGGAAGUGCUGGUGCGAUGCUUCCGAGAAUUUUGACUACGAUUGGUACUCGUGUCUUCCCAAGUUCGACCGAUUGUUUACGUAGACAUGGCCUCGGCGCAGCGCGCGGGGUCGAUAAGAUGGACAGACACCCGCUAUGCGACAUCUCAAUAAGUAUGUACGUGCGACGGCUAUUUAAUUAUUGCAGGUCAUAAUGAUAUUGCAUUACUGUGUGCCAUGUGAAUGUAUGAGAUGAAUCGAACCAGCGGGUCAUCUACAUAUGCAGAACUAGUAGUGGAAACAUAUGUACAACGUCACUGUGCUGGCGUCCAUGUUCAUCCCCCGCUUUACUCCAGCGAGGAAGAUGUGGGUAUUAUGAUAAUAUGGACUGCGAGUAGU